AGCCGGUUGUGAAAAAAAAUGGCUCAACAACAGACUGAUAAUGUGAUGCGAAGGAAGUUGGUGAUCAUCGGGGAUGGUGCCUGCGGAAAGACCAGUCUGCUCAGCGUCUUCACCCUGGGCUAUUUUCCAACCCACUAUGUCCCGACGGUGUUCGAGAAUUACGUGACGGAUUGCAGAGUGGAUGGCCGUUCGGUUCAAUUGGCACUAUGGGAUACUGCUGGUCAGGAAGAUUACGAACGAUUGCGUCCGCUCGCUUAUUCCAAGGCGCAUGUGAUCCUUAUCGGUUUCUCCGUGGACACGCCCGAUUCGCUUGAGAACGUCAAACAUAAGUGGAUUGAAGAAGCGAACGAACGAUGUCCGGGUGUUCCUAUUAUCCUUGUCGGAUUGAAGAAAGAUCUGCGGGAAGAUCCUUUGGCCGUCGAGGAGAUGAGAAAGAAGUCGCUAAAGUUCGUGACGUCGAAAGAAGGAAGCGACAUCUCAACGCAGAUCGGAGCACGCAAGUAUCUCGAGUGUUCCUCAUUAACCGGCGAGGGCGUCGACGAUGUAUUCGAGGCGGCCACGCGUGCCGCGCUCCUGACGUUCGACAAGCGAAAAAGCUCAUGCUGCAUUGUGCUAUAAUGGGGAAAUGACGACUUUGCGAUAGAUAACGUCGCCGACUCUGAUGGUAUUUCAGCGAUUUGCAUGCCAGCCAUGAUGGGUUCAUUUGCUAUGCGCUUCGAGCAUGUUGCACUUGCAGUUGCCACGCGACACGCGUGAGCCGGUUUGAAUUGAGUUUCGAAGAAAAGGGAGAGUGAAGGUGACGGAUGUUGAUCGAUAUAUCUUGCAUUUGCGGCGUUUGGGAGGGCCUCUUCUUUUGUGUUCGAAUAUCAAGUUUCGCAUGUUGACAUACCCUUGGUCUCCGGGGGGACACGCUUGGUGACAUUCGUUCAUUUGGUGUUUGCCUUCUUCAGAGUCUUCUUUGCCUGUUGUCAGUGUUGUUUGCCUUCUUCUGUGUCUUACUGUCACUAGCGGUUAUACCUGUAUUGAAAUUGUAUCCACCAGUCUAUACUAACACUCUACACAGUAGUACACAGUAUACAGU